GCGAGAGAGAGCGAGAGAGAGAGAGAGCGCGCCGCUGGCUGCCACUGCUGGAUGGAGUAACGGAGACGAGAAGUCUGGCCUGUUACCAUGCCGAGAUUUGGCCCACAAAAACUCCACGCAAAGCCUCCCAAGCUGCGACAUUAAAACCAGAAACGGUGGUUCUGUGAAGAUCACGGUACGAUAAUGGGGAAGCACUUGGUUUCGCUCCUCCUGCUCCUCCUGCAGCUUGUCUGCGGCCACACAGAAAACCAGAGGAUUGUGAGGUCCCCUUCCAUUCAGUUCACUCACUCUGUUUACAACACCACCAUAUAUGAGAACUCUGCUGCUAAGAGUUACUUAGAGAGUCACACCAAGAUGGGAAUCUACAUUACAGACCCAGCCUGGGAGGUACGGUACAAAAUUGUCACUGGAGACAAUGAGAACUUGUUCAAAGCGGAGGAAUACCUGCUGGGUGAUUUUAGUUUUUUACGAAUAAGGACCAAAGGAGGCAGCACUGCCAUUCUGAACCGGGAGGUUAAAGACCACUAUAUGCUGACUGUUAAAGCAGUUGAAAGAGGCACAAAUUUGGAGUGUCGCACUCGGGUUAAGGUGCAGGUUCUGGACACCAAUGAUUUACGGCCUCUUUUCUCACCGACAUCCUACAGCGUCUCUCUCCCAGAGAACACAGCCAUACGCACAAGUGUGGCCAAAGUCACGGCAACUGAUGCAGAUAUUGGUACUAACGGAGAAUACUAUUAUAGCUUCCGAGAGUGGACGGACAUCUUUGCAGUGCAUCCGACAAGCGGGGUGGUGACCUUGACAGGGAAGCUAGACUAUGCUGAGACAAAGCUGUAUGAGUUGGAGAUCCUUGCGGUGGACAGAGGGAUGAAGCUGUAUGGAAGCAGUGGCUUCAGUAGCAUGGCCAAACUUACAGUGAGGGUGGAGCAAGCCAAUGAACACGCACCUGUAAUCACGGCAGUAAGCUUGGCUCCCUCGGAUUUGGAUCAUGACCCGACCUACGCUAUUGUGACAGUGGAGGAUAAUGACCAGGGACCAAAUGGAGAGAUUGCUUCAUUGAGCAUCGUGGCCGGUGACCCCCUUCAGCAGUUCAAAGCUGUGAGAACAAGCCCUGGCAGCAAGGAGUAUAAAAUAAAAGCUGUCAAAGAUGUAGACUGGGAUAGCCAGCUUUUCGGUUACAACCUGACGUUACAAGCAAAAGACAAAGGAAGCCCCCCUCAGUUUUCAGCUGCUAAAUUGGUACAUGUCACUUCUGCCCAAUUUAAAGUGGGUCCUCCUGUAUUUGAAAAGUCCAUUUACAGAGUCAAUCUCAGUGAAUUUGCUCCUCUUCACACACCUGUCACUAUGAUAACAGCCGGGCCAAAGCACCCACAACUAAAAUAUGCUUUUCGACACAAAUCUGACAAGAACAAAUUUGCUAUCAAUCCAGACACUGGCUUAAUCACAACUGCAGGUCAGAUCAAUGCUGAUGUUGCCUCAAAAUUUGAGCUAGAUGUUACUACAACUGACAAAAGGGCAGCAACUAAAGUAAUCAUUGAUGUCAUUGAUGUGAAUAACAAUGCACCUGAGUUCCAGCAGACUUCUUACAAAGCCAGUGUUGAUGAAAAUGUUCCUGUAGGAACUAGUGUGGUAACCGUUAAAGCAACUGAUUUAGAUAGAGGUGAGAACGGUUAUGUGACCUACUCUGUUACCAAUUUGAACCCACAGCCAUUUGUCAUUGACUACUUCUCUGGUGUCAUCAGUACCUCAGAGGUUUUAGAUUACGAGCUCAUGCCGAGGAUUUACAGCCUCAGAGUUCGGGCGUCAGAUUGGGGAUCCCCUUUCCGGAGAGAGGUGGAGGCAUCAGUCACCAUAACGUUAAAUAAUCUGAAUGACAAUAAGCCCCUGUUUGAAAAUAUAGAUUGUGAAGUCACUGUGCCGAGAGAUCACGGUGCCGGAGAACAGAUAACAACUGUGUCGGCCAUAGAUGCAGAUGAACUGCAGCUGGUACGGUAUAACAUUAAAGCUGGGAAUGAGCUCGACCUUUUUGAACUGAACCCAAACUCAGGGGUGCUUUCGCUCAAGCACACACUCAGCGAAGGAGAGGCAGCUAAAGUGUCCUUUCAUAGUUUACAAAUAACCGCCACAGACGGCGAGCACGAGACUCAGCCAAUGGUUAUGAAUGUAACUGUCAUCACAGCACGCAAGCCAGUGCAGUUGAAAUGCAUUGAAACUGGUGUUGCUACCAUGUUGGCGGAAAAGCUCCUUCAGGGCAGCAAAAUCCACACGCAAACUGAGCCAGAUGACAACUUCAUGGACAUUCACUCAGUCAACCGCUACAGUCCUCAGUUUGCAGACUCUUUCCCAAGUGUUGUAGACGUAAAAGAGGACCUGCCUGUCGGGGCCCGGAUUGUCCAAUUAAGCGCCAGUGACUCAGAUAGUGGCUUUAAUGGGAAACUAGUAUAUGUCAUUUCAGGAGGAGACACAGAGAGUCACUUCAUUUUAGAAAUGGAAACUGGCUGGCUGUCAGUUUAUUCUCCUCUCGACAGGGAAACGACAGACCAUUACACACUUAAUGUUACAGUGUAUGAUCUUGGCAUACCACAGAAAUCCUCAUCGCGGCUCUUGGAUGUUAAGAUCUUGGAUGCCAAUGAUAAUAGCCCUCAAUUUUUGCAAGAUUCAUAUUCAGUAGAAAUAAAUGAGAAUACUCCAGUUGGAACGGAAAUUAUCCAGGUGGAUUCAACAGACAAGGAUCAAGGAGAUAAUGGCGCUGUCAAGUAUUCAAUUCUGGCAGGCACAGAUCAUUUUUCAAUCAACGAGGACACUGGUGUGGUGACUGUGACAAAGCAGUUGGAUCGUGAGCUCCAUCCUGUUUAUAUCUUGAAGAUUGCGGCACGUGACCAGGCAGGGCAGGAUCCUCAGUUGGUGUCCACAGUGCCACUAAAAAUCUCCUUGGAAGACGCCAAUGAUAAUCCGCCAAAAUUUGUGCCCCCUAAUUACUGUGUGAAGGUGAGGGAAGAUCUUCCUGUUGGUACUGUCAUUAUGUGGCUGGAGGCUCAUGACCCUGAUAUUGGACCCUCCAGUCAGGUUCGCUACAGUUUUAUGGACAAUGGCGAUGGGAAUUUUGAAGUAGACAAACUCAGCGGUGCUGUACGGAUUGUGCAGAGCCUAGAUUACGAGACCAAGCAGGUUUACAAUCUCACAGCAAAAGCCAAAGACAAAGGAAAACCCAUUUCCCUGUCAUCAACCUGUUUCAUUGAGGUGGACGUAGUGGAUGUGAAUGAGAAUCUUCACAGACCUUUGUUCCGGUGGUUUGUGGAAAAGGGAUUUAUAAAAGAGGAUGCAUUUGUUGGGACUUCUGUGAUGAAAGUGACGGCUGAAGAUGAGGACAGAGGAAGAGAUGGAGAGAUUCGGUAUUCCAUACGAGAUGGAUCUGGUCUGGGGAUAUUUACCAUCGAUGAGGAAACUGGUGUCAUUCGAACACAGGAACUGCUGGAUCAUGAGACCAUGCCCCAUUACUGGCUCACAGUCUAUGCCAUGGAUCGUGGUGUAGUUCCACUCUCUUCCUUCAUUGAGGUCUACAUUGAAGUUCAGGAUGUAAAUGACAAUGCACCGCAAACCUCAGAACCUGUCUACUACCCUUCUGUCAUGGAGAACUCUCCCAGAGAUGUGUCAAUCAUCCAGAUAGAAGCAGUUGAUCCAGACGCCAAAGCCAGUGAUCGACUCACCUAUAAGAUCACCAGUGGCAAUCCCCAGGGUUUCUUUACAAUUAAUGCCAAGACAGGUCUUGUCACAACUACAUCAAGGAAACUGGACAGAGAGCAACAAGAUGAGCACAUUCUUGAGAUCACAGUGACCGACCACGGGGUUCCAGCUAAAUCCACCACUGUCCGUGUGAUUGUCAAAGUCCUAGAUGAGAAUGACAACCGUCCAUUGUUCCUGGAGAAGAUUUACAAAAUCAAACUUCCUGAGCGGGAGAAACGAGAGAAAGAAAGGAUCUUAAAAAGAGACCCAGUGUAUCGAGUGAUUGCAUCAGAUCGCGAUGAGGGACCGAAUGCUGAGAUCUCCUACAGCAUCGAGGAGGGAGACGAACAUGGCAAAUUCUUCAUUGAGCCCAAGACUGGCCUGGUGUCUUCCAAAAAGUUCUCUUCAGCUGGAGAAUAUGAUAUUCUUACUAUUAAAGCUGUUGAUAAUGGACGCCCUCAGAAGACCUCUACUUGUCGUUUGCAUAUCGAAUGGAUUCCUAAACCAGAAGUGUCAGCUGAUGCAUCUCCCCUGGUGUUUGAGGAGUCCCCCUUCACCUUCUCUGUGAUGGAAAGUGACCCUGUGGCUCACAUGGUGGGCGUAGUUGCCACAGAAUCCUCAGAUGUUCCUGUGUGGUUUGAAAUCACAGACGACAUAGAGGAUACUGAGAUGUUUUACAUCCUUCAGAUGGCUUGUGACUUCAACUGUACAGCAGAAGGUGGUAAUUAUGACAGCCGCUUUGACGUGGGGAAGGCCAGCGGAACCUUGAUUGUUGCACGUCCCCUGGACGCUGAACAGAAAUCAAAUUACAAUCUGACUGUGGAAGCCACGGAUGGGACACGAACUGUCAGCACCCAGGUGCUAAUUCGUGUCAUUGACACAAACAACCACCGACCACAGUUUUCAAAGUCAAAGUAUGAGGUGAAUGUCCCCGAGGACACCCCAGCUGGGACCGAGGUCCUGAAGAUCAGUGCUGCAGAUGAAGAUGAAAAGAACAAGCUGACCUUUACACUCCUGAGCAGCACCGACCCAUUCAGCCUGAAGAAGUUCCGGCUUGACCCAGGAACAGGGAUUCUAUACACAGCUGAGCGGCUGGAUCACGAGACGAUGCACUGUCACAUACUCACUGUCAUGGUCCGUGACCAGGACAUCCCAGUGAAGAGGAACCUUGUUCGUGUAAUUGUCAACGUGGAAGACGCCAACGAUAAUGCACCCUGGUUCAUCGGUGUACCUUACUCUGGUCGCGUGUUUGAAUCUGCUGCCAUCGGCUCUGCUGUGCUCCAGGUCACAGCUCUCGACAAAGACAAAGGCCAGAAUGCAGAGAUUGUCUAUAGUAUUGAAUCAGGAAAUGUUGCAAAUUCAUUUGCCAUUGAUGCCGUCCUUGGUACAAUUACAGUAGCCAAAGAGCUUGACCGAAGCAGCAAGACCCUUUUUGAACUUACUGUGAAGGCAUCUGAUAAGGGAUUAUCUCCCAUGUCAACCACAGCCGCUGUACAUAUAGCGGUAACAGUUUCAGACAAUGCAGCCCCAAAAUUCUCUGCAAAGGAGUUUUCUGCAGAGGUCAGUGAGUCAGCUCCUCCUGGUAGUUUUGUGAGUUUGAUCUCAGCCGUCAGCCAGUCAUCUGUCUUUUACCAAAUUAAAGAUGGCAAUGUCAACAAUGCAUUUGAUAUAAAUCCAAACUCUGGAGUGGUUGUGAACCAGCGACCCUUAGAUUAUGAGACGGCAUCUCAGUACAGGCUCAUCAUACAAGGCACCAAUAUGGCUGGACUGGGCAGUAACAUAACACUGCUAAUUCAUGUAAAGGAUGAAAAUGACAACGCUCCAGUCUUUAUUCAGAAUGCGUUCAUAGGUGUCAUCAGUGAGUCGGCUGCCAUCAACAGUGUUGUUUUGACCCACGAGAACACUCCCUUUGUUGUCCGUGCCUCUGAUGCUGACUGUGACCAGAAUGCGAUGCUCAUCUAUCAGAUAGUCGAACCCUUUGCUCUGAAUUAUUUUGCCAUCGACUCCAACACUGGAGCUGUGCGAAUCACAACAACUUUGGAUUAUGAACAGAGAAGGAGUUUUCAUUUCACAGUCCAGGUCCAUGACCUAGGAAUGCCACGUUUGUUUGCAGAAACAGCAGCCAAUGUAACUAUUGAGGUUAUUGAUGUCAAUGACUGUUCGCCAGUAUUCAGCCAAGAACUGUACUCAGCACCUGUCAUUGUGCCAACAUACAGAGGAGUUGAGGUCGUUAAAGUCAAUGCUACAGAUGCAGACUCGGCUCUAAAUGCCAAACUUCUAUACUCCAUCUCUGAGGGUAACAUUGGCGAUAAAUUUAAAAUAGAUUCUCUGACGGGCACCAUCUCUAUUCAGAAUGUUACACAGCUGAGGAGCAGAUAUGAGCUGAAAGUUAGAGUUUCAGACGGUCGAUUUUCCAAUGUUGCCACAGUAAAAAUUAAUGUAAGAGAAAACAAGGACAGCAAGCUAAAAUUCACCAAGGACUCCUACAAGGCUUUUGUACAAGAAAACUCAACUGAGAAGAAAACACUGGCAGUCAUUGCUACUGUUGGGAACCAAGUGAAUGAGCCUUUGUUUUACAGAAUUCUGAACCCUGACCACAGGUUUGAAAUCAGUCGCACCUCUGGAGUAAUCUCAACCACUGGAAUACCAUUUAAUCGAGAAGUACAGGACACAUUUGAUAUUGUUGUUGAAGUCACCAGAGAGGACCAGUCUCACGAUGGAGCACAUGUUCUCGUAACUGUGAAGGUUGAAGAUGUGAAUGACAACAAACCUAUGUUUGUGAACCUGCCCUAUCACACUCUGGUCCAGAUGGAUGCAGAGGAAGGCCAAGUUAUCCGACAGGUCACAGCAGUAGACAAAGACUUGGGCCAGAAUGCACAUGUCCAUUAUCAGUUCAAGGAGCAUCAGGAGUGUUUUAAAAUCAGCCCUUCUGGUGAAAUCUCACUUAAAAAGAAGUUUGAGAAGGAGUCGCUUAAUACAGAUAUUACCAUCAUUGUUGUCGCAAAAGAUAGCGGUGACCCAACACUCUCAACAGAAGUAGAAGUUCCAGUAACCGUGGUGAACAAAGCAAUGCCUGUGUUUGACAAACCAUUUUAUAGUAUUGAAAUCCCUGAAAAUAUUCAGUUACACACACCUGUGCUUCAUGUACAAGCCAGUGGUUCUGAAGGCCCUCGGAUAGUGUACACUAUUUCUGAGGGAGACCCUUUCAAUCAAUUUUCAGUCGAUUUCAACACAGGUGUUAUACAUGUCGUUCAGCCUCUGGACUUUGAGACACAUCCUGCUUAUAAAUUAAACGUGAGGGCCACAGACUCUCUAACUGGAGCACAUUCUGAAGUGUUUGUUGAUAUAAUUUUAGAAGAUGUCAACGAUAACAUUCCUGUGUUCUUAUCAAAAGCCUACUUUGCCAGUAUUUCUGAGGCCUCCGUCAUUGGCACAUCAGUUUUGCAAGUUAAUGCGAAGGAUUCUGAUAGUGGUAAUAACCAAGAAAUAUUCUUUCAUUUAGUUGAGGAAAAAGGAAUGAGUUCAGACUUUUUCUACAUUGACCGUGAGACGGGAGUAAUCUAUACCGCUCAAGCACUUGAUCAUGAGGAAAUCCAAAAGCACAAGUUAAGGGUUCGUGCCGUGGAUGGAGGAGUUCCAGCUCUCUCCAGUGAUGCCAUUGUCACAAUAGAUGUUACUGACUUGAACGAUAAUGCUCCAGCAUUUACACAGAGUAUUUACAAAGCUAACAUCAGUGAAUUAGCCCCCCGUGGACAUUUUGUCAUUCAAGUACAAGCAUCUGAUGGUGAUAGCUCAGAUUCAGAUAAAUUGGUGUUCGCCAUUAUAUCUGGGAAUGAAGAUCAGAACUUUGCCAUUGACAAACACACAGGUGCCCUCAUCAUUUCUAACCACCGUAGGCAACAUAUGCAGCCUCUGUACACCCUCAAUGUAUUAGUGUCCGAUGGUGUAUUUAGAAGCUCAGUCCCUGUUGUAGUAACAGUUUUUGGUGCAAAUUUCCACAACCCCACCUUCCCUCAGGUGGACUAUGUAGUAGAGCUUCUCGAAAACUCGCCUGUCGGAACCUUAGUAGCAGAAGCAAAGGCAACCGAUGAUGAUGAAGGCAUUUAUGGAGAGAUAACUUACAGAAUUGUCAAUGACUUUGCAAAAGACAAGUUCUCUGUUAAUCAAAAUGGAGAGAUUUUCACCCUUGAGAGUCUUGAUCGUGAGAAUACGAUGGAGAAGGUCAUUCCUAUUUCUCUCGUAGCCAAAGACGGAGGUGGAAAAGUAGGCUUUUGUAUUGUUAAUGUAAUUCUAACAGAUGUCAAUGACAAUGCCCCACAAUUCAGGGCAGCUGAAUACAAAGCCACUGUUGCAUCACAUGUACCCAAGGGAACCUCAGUGGUCAAAAUCUCAGCUUCAGACAUGGAUGAAGGAAGCAAUGCUGACAUACAGUAUUCAAUUGAAGCUGAUGUUCACAAUGUGGAAGAGAACUUUGAAAUUCACCCAACAUCUGGUGUCAUUGUAACCAAAGAGAGCCUCAUUGGACUUGAAAGUGAACUGUAUGCAUUCUUUGUUAGGGCAAAAGAUACCGGGAAUCCACCCAAACAGUCAGUUGUGCAGGUUUACAUUAGGAUUGUUGCACCAGAGACCCCAAUACCCAAGUUUUCGGAAUCAUAUUACCGUUACACAGUUACUGAAGAGCUGCCAAUUGGCUCAGAGAUUUAUAUAAUUCAGGCAGAGAGUGAACAGCCAGUGCUUUAUAGCCUUGUGAAGGGCAACACUGCAGAGAGCAACAAAGAGGAAGUGUUUGUUGUCGACGGCAACACUGGAGCUUUGAAGCUUCAGAAGAGCCUUGACCACGAGACAACCAAAUGGUACCAACUCACACUGCAAGCACAGACUAAAUAUGAGAACUAUGAGAUUGUGGCAUCCGCAUAUGUAAAUAUCCAAGUGAAAGAUUUAAAUGACAACAAGCCUGUCUUUGAGUCAGACCCUUAUGAGGCCGUUGUUGCGGAAAACCUGCCGAGUGGAACUCUGGUGAUGCAAGUCAAAGCUACGGACCAAGACUCUGGAACAAAUGGUCAUAUAGUUUACAGCCUUGACCCCAAGCAGAACGUGCAGGAUAUUUCAGAGCUCUUUGCUGUUAACAGUGAAACUGGAUGGGUAACCACCUUGAAAGAGCUAGAUCGUGAAAAGAUGAAAGAAUACACAGUUUCCAUCCUUGCCUCAGAUCAAGGAGACAAAGUACAACAUGUCACCAGUACCAAAGUGGAAGUAACAGUGGCUGAUGUGAAUGACAACCCACCUCGCUUCACAGCAGAGAUCUACAAAGGCACAGUGAGUGAAGAUGACCCUCCCGGCGGAGUGAUUGCUAUCGUGAGCACCACGGAUGAAGAUUCUGAGGACAUCAAUAAACAAGUGAACUACUACAUCACAGGAGGGGACCCACUUGGCCAAUUUGCCAUUGAAUACAUUCAGAAUGAAUGGAAGGUUUCUGUGAGGAAGCCCUUGGACCGUGAAGAGAAGGACAAUUAUCUCCUUCAUAUGACUGCCAGCGAUGGAAUCUUCACUGCAAAAGCUGUUGUGGAGGUUAAAGUGCUGGAUGCCAAUGACAACAACCCUGUAUGCCAAAAGUCCCGGUAUAGUGAGAGUGUUCCAGAAGACUCUCGUGCUGGCAAGGUCAUCUUGCAGGUCUCUGCCACAGAUGCUGACAUACGCUCGAAUGCCCACAUUUCUUAUGAGCUCCAUGGACCUGGAUCCGAGUUGUUCAUCGUUGACUCUGAUACAGGAGAGUUAAAGACCUUACUGCCCCUUGACCGAGAGGAGCAAGUUGAGCAUACAUUCAGAGUGAGAGCAGUGGAUGGAGGAGGGCGGUACUGUGAGGCUGACAUCGAGAUCACUGUGGAAGACAUCAAUGACAACGCACCACAGUUCUCAUCUGACCCUUACACCUUCACCGUCUUUGAGAACACAGAAGUGGGCACUUUUGUAGCAAAGCUGAUGGCAAAUGACAUCGAUAUUGGUCUUAACGGUGACAUUCUGUACUCACUGAUCGAGUCUGCUGAUGGAUAUUUCUCAAUUGAUGAACAUUCAGGCGUAAUAAGUCUGCAGCGUCCCCUUGAUCGAGAGGUGCAAUCAGUAUAUGACCUGAAAGCCCGCGCCAGUGACCAGGGCUCUCCACGCCUGUCUUCAUUGUGCCAAGUGGUGAUCUCUGUGCUGGACAUUAGUGACAACCCUCCUGUGUUUGAGCACCGUGAAUACAUGGCGACUUUACGUGAGGAUGUGGCUGUGGGCACGCAGGUGCUCAGAGUGCAGGCGACGAGUCGAGACAUGGAGGCCAAUGGAGAAAUCUCUUACAGCAUUGUCAGCGGGAAUGAGCAUGGCAUGUUCAGCGUGGACCCACAUACUGGUGACGUCUUUGUGAUUGAACCGUUAGACUAUGAGGUAUCCCAUGACUACUACAUAACAGUCGAAGCUACAGAUGGCGGCUCACCGCCGCUCAGCGACAUGGCCACUGUGAACAUCAACCUGACUGAUGUUAACGACAACAAGCCUAUCUUCAGCCAGGAGAUCUACACAGCUGUUGUCAGUGAAGACGCUUUGCUCGGAAAGGCUGUGGUGACGGUCAUUGCUGAGGAUGCUGACGGGCCAUCUUACAAUCACGUGCGAUACUCCAUCGUUGAUGGUAACCAAGGCGACCCUUUCACCAUCGAUCCAGUCAGAGGCGAGCUGAGAGUCGCUCGCCAGCUGGACAGAGAGAGAACCUCAGGUUACACCUUGAUGGUGUUGGCCACAGACAGCGGGGCACCCCCACGUUCCAGCAGCGCCACCAUCAACAUCGACGUGUCUGAUGUGAAUGACAACCUCCCUCUUUUCUCCCAGGCCAACUACAGCCUCAUCAUCCAGGAAAACCGCCCGAAAGGCACCAGUGUUCUCCAGCUGACUGUGACUGACAAGGAUGCUACUCACAAUGGACCACCUUUCACCUUCACCAUCGUGGACGGAAACAAGGACAAUGUAUUUCAGAUCAAUCAACAAGGAGCUCUUGUGGCCGUGGGAGCGCUGAAUAAGAAAAGUAAAGAACACUACCUCCUUCAAGCACAGGUGUCAGACAGUGGCAAACCUCAGCUCUUUUCCACGGCCUUCAUCAGCGUGCGUGUAAUCGAGGAGAGCGUCUACCCUCCUGCAAUUCUGCCUCUGGACAUUUUUGUUUCAACAGCUGAGGAUGAAUAUCCUGGAGGUGUCCUGGGCAAAAUCCACGCCACUGACCAAGACAUUUAUGACACACUAACCUACAGUCUCGCCCCCGCCUCCUCCUCCUCCUCAUCCGUGGAUGGGAGUGGCGCCUUCUUUUCAGUUUCAGCCUCCGAUGGGAAAGUUAUUGCCCAACGGCCGCUGGAUGUGGGCCACUACUCUCUCAAUGUCACUGUGACCGAUGGUCGCUUCAUCACAGCUGCUGAUGUCACUGUGCACAUUCGGCAAGCAGUCCAGCAGGCCCUGGACAACUCGAUUGCAGUACGCUUUGCUAAUAUUGCUCCUGAAGAGUUUAUCGGCGACUAUUGGCGUAACUUCCAGCGAGCGCUAAGAAACAUUGCAGGGGUUAGGAGAAGUGAGGUCCAGAUGGUGAGUCUGCAGCCAUCGGAACAAGGAGAUCUGGAUGUGCUGCUGGCACUAGAAAGAUCUGGCAGCCCCUACCAAUCUCAGGAGGUCGUCUUCCGGAAGCUAAACUCUUCCACGGCUGUGAUCGAGGAGAUGAUGGGUGUGCGGCUUGUGCGUGUGGUACAGAAGUUGUGCGCAGGGCUGGAAUGUCCGUUGCGCUACUGUGACGAGGUCAUCUCUCUGGAUAAGACCGCCAUGUCCACUUACAGCACAGCACGUCUCAGCUUUGUGACCCCGCGGCACCAGAGAACUGCAACCUGCCAAUGUGAAGGUGGCAGCUGUCCCGUGAUGAACAAUCUCUGUGAGAACGAGCCUUGUCCUGAGGGAAUGGAGUGCGUAGCAGACUCCAAAGAUUCCAUGUACAGUUGUUUAUGUCCAGAGGGGAGAACGAGCAAAUGCUCUGAUGGCCACUCGCUGACGUUCAGUGGCAGCGGAUAUGUGAAGUACCAUCUGAUGGAGAAUGAAAACAAGGAGCUGAUGAAAUUGUCUCUGAAACUCAGGACCUUCUCCAACCAUGCUACUGUCAUGUAUGCUAAAGGCACAGACUACAGCAUCCUGGAGAUUGUGAACGGCCGUUUGCAGUACAAGUUUGACUGUGGCAGCGGGCCUGGCCUGGUGUCAGUCCACAGCGCUCAAGUUAACGACGGCGAGUGGCACACUGUCUCGCUGGAGGUGGAUGGCAACUAUGCUAAACUGGUCCUGGACCGGGUGCACGCAGCCUCGGGCACAGCGCCGGGCACUCUGCGUACCCUCAACCUUGACAACAGCAUUUACUUUGGCGGUCACGUACGGCAGCAUGGCGCCAUUCGUCACGGCCGCAGCCUGCCCGUCACCAACGGGUUCCGCGGCUGCAUGGAAGCCAUCACUCUGAACGGCCACGAGCUACCUCUUAACACCAAGGCUCAGCGAGCGCACGCUGUGAUGGAAGACAUCGUGGAGGUGGCUCCAGGCUGUGCGCUCACACCGGCUGAGAGCUGCUCCAGCAACCCCUGCAACAAUGGAGGGAUCUGCACCUCCCUGCCAAAUGGAGGCUAUUUCUGCAAGUGCCCUGCUGCCUUCAUGGGCACCCACUGUGAGAUCGGAAUAAGCCCUUGUGCCUCCAACCCCUGCCUGUAUGGGGGAACAUGUGUACCACGUGCAGCUGACUUCUACUGCCAGUGCAGAGGGCAGUACUCAGGACAAAGGUGCCAGCUUGGACCAUACUGCAGAGACAACCCGUGUAAAAACAGCGGCAAGUGCAUCGACAGUCUGGACGGUCCAGUGUGUGAGUGUGAAGUCGGCUUCCAGGGAGAAAGAUGCCUGAGUGAUGUUGAUGAGUGUAUCAAGAACCCGUGUACCAAUGGUGGCCAGUGCCAAAACACCUAUGGCUCUUUCAAGUGUAACUGCUCCCUGGGUUUCAGCGGGCAGAUGUGUGAACUCCGUGCCGAGGUCCGCAAUGAAUUCAUCUCCACCUCCUGGAACAUUGGUCUGGAAGAAGUGAUUGGCAUCGUAGUCUUUCUCUCCAGUAUUUUUAUCCUAGUCCUCCUCUUCAUCUUUAUUCGAAAGCGGAUGUGUCGCCGCAAGUCAAACAGUGACGGCAGCGAUAAACACCCUGGAGGCUCCAGUGUGCCGCACUCCUUCCUCCAAAGACCUUACUUUGAUGCCAAGCUCAACAGAAACAUCUAUUCAGACAUUCCGCCUCAGGUCCCUGUGCGGCCAAUUUCCUAUACUCCCAGCAUUCCAAGUGACUCCCGAAACAACCUGGAUCGGAACUCGUUUGAGGGCUCAGCCAUCCCUGAGCAUCCAGAGUUCAGCACUUUUAACCCUGACUCUGUGCACGGACAUCGCAAGACUGUAGCGGUGUGUAGCGUGGCGCCCAAUCUCCCCCCUCCCCCUCCAUCCAACUCUGUGUCGGACAGCGACUCCAUCCAGAAGCCUAACUGGGACUAUGAUUAUGAUGCUAAAGUGGUGGAUUUGGACUCGUGCCUGACAAAGAAGCCGGUGGAGGAGAGCGCCUGCCACCCAUAUAACACCCGAGGCAGCAUGUCUGAGGUCCAGUCCCUGAGCUCGUUCCAGUCUGAGUCCUGCGACGAUAACGAGUCUUUUUUGGCUCAUGAUUUCAAGACCCCAAGAGGAUAUCACUGGGACACAUCUGAUUGGAUGCCAAGUGUUCAACUUCCUGGAAUCCAAGAGUUUCCACAGUAUGAGGUUGUGGAGUCGCCCACCCCUCUGUACAGUGACCCGAGUGCCAUCGACACCGACUACUACCCCGGCGGCUUCGACAUCGAGAGCGACUUUCCUCCGCCACCAGAGGACUUCCCAGCAAACGACGACCUUCCACCGCCACCUAUACCAGAGUACAGCGACCGCUGUGACACACUGAGGCCCCUGGGCCGAGGUUUGGACCCACCUGCAGCUGAUACAGGGGGUUCAGCCGCAGUUCGCCAACGUCCUGCGCUGCCCCAGCUCUACAGCCUUAACCAGUAUCUGCCGCAACACUCCUAUCCGAGUGAAGGGGCCGACUCCGAGGACCAAGGUGCUGCUUCCACCUCGACCCCGCCUUCCACCCUGGGCACCGGCGGCUACAGAGGCGGCUUCGUCUUAAGCUGUAGUCGGGACUUUGACUCCUCAGCAUUGGACAACAUAUCCAUGUCUCUGUACACAUCCACAGCCUCCUGCUCGGACAUGUCGGCGUGCUGCGAGGAGUCUGAGGUGAUGCUCAGUGACUACGAGAGCGGCGAUGAGGGCCACUUUGAGCGCCUGUCCAUACCGGCGCUGGACUCCCAACAGCACACUGAAGUCUGACACUGGAUCCAAACAAAAGUGCCUGAAGCCACACCCUCAACUUCUGUCGACCCUUCACUAACCCGACCCCGCCUCCCUGCGUUUAAAGCACACGAUGUACAUGCACAAACCACCACAUGACUGCCCACGCGCACAUACACACAGUGAAAAGAAGUCACGACGCGUCAUUGCAUCAGUCCAACUCGUGGCUCUCUCCAAGUCGGUGUAGGCGUCGCUUUAACGCAUCAUCAGAAGAAUCGACGUUUGACGGUGCAACAGAAAAACUGUCUCCAUAUUGCUGAUCAUGAAAAAAAAGAAAAAUAAUUGCCCACGUUUUUAUACAAAUCCUCCUGUCGGUGUAAAUUAAAAUGUACAGUUUUGAUUUCUAGGUUUUGUAGAUAUUCUGUGCUUUUAUUUUCAACAGAGAGUUUAACGGUGUGACAUUUAUCAGCCUUACUGUGCGUACAUUCACAAAAAUAAUAAUGAAAAAACAGAGAAGAGCGCAGCUGUUCCAGUUAUCAUGUAUUUGUAAAGUUUACUGUCUCCUCAUUUCAAAAAGGGUCUUCAUUCAACGACUGCAUAUUCUCGUGUUUUCAUUUUUUUGUUUGUAAAUGUUGACUUUGGAACCUCUUUAUUUUUCCACCAAGAAAACGGGACCCAGUAUAUUUAUAGUGCAGAGUUCUCCAUGCACACAUGACUGUUUUGGGUGUCUUAUGUGUGUGUGAGCAAUGCUACGGUGUUGUUAUUAAGGUUUUUAUUAAAUACUGCCACAAGCUCACGCUUUCCUACUGGCAAUAAAUUAUUCCU